AUGCCUCUCCUUCAACCUUUGACCCGACCGAAGUCGCCGAACAGCUCUCUGCUGUCCGCGAAGAGCUACGAUCCCGAUGCUUCCUCCAUCCGCAGCGAUCAGGAGAGCGACUCCGAGGAUGACGAGCGCCAGGCUAGAGCUAGGAACAGCCGCGAACUACGCGCCCACGAUCGAAUAGUGCUCCUGGAGGAGGAGGAGAUGGACCAGCUGGUCAUCGAGGCACGCCGACGCCAGGAGCGCCAGCGCGAACGCAGCGGGUCCGGCCAGCGCAGGGGCUCAAACCUAUCGUUGCCGCUACCAAUGCGCCUAUUCUCCAAGACGAGGAGCGAGAAGAGCCGAUCCAGCAGCCCGGCCGACCGAGCAGUCAUCGAAGAAGAGUCCAUUGAGGACCUGAGGGGCGAGGCGAGGAGACAACGCCGUCAGAGGAGGAGGCAGAAGAAAGAGAGACUCCUUGAGAAGGCACAAGACGGCGAGGAUGGCGAGCUGAUGCACGAGAUGGAGGAAGGUCACAUGAAAGAGACCAGCUCGACAGGUAGCAGCGACCGCGAGGACAGCGAUGAGCUCGACCGACGGGGGCUUCUUCACCUGGCGGACGCGAAGUCACAAAGGACGAGGCAUCGUCGCCGGUGGACAGUGGUAUACUCGGUGAUCGCAGUCGCUUUUGCAGCUCUAUCAAUCGUUGCGUGGAGGCUGUCCAUCAAGGCACCACCAGUAAUCAAACAGCAGGCCCUCGUUAGCAACGGCACCGCCCUGUUCGCACCGACCACAAUCAUCAUCAGCUUGGACGGUUUCAGAGCAGAUUUCCUCCAACGGAACCUCACGCCCAGGCUCAACGCUUUCGUCCAGGAAGGUGUUUCACCACUUUACAUGAAUCCAUCCUUCCCAAGUGUUACCUUCCCGAACCACUUCACCCUGGCUUCGGGGCUCUACCCUGAGGCGCACGGCGUGGUCGGCAACAGCUUCUGGGAUCCCAAUCUCAAGGAGGAGUUCUUCUACACCAACACCGAUGUUUCGAUGCAGCCGAGAUGGUGGAACGGCGAACCUUUCUGGGUCACAGCUGAGAAGCAGGGCGUCCGCAGCGCUAUCCAUAUGUGGCCUGGCAGCGAGGCACACCUCGGUGACGUCGAACCCGCGUUCAUUGAUAAAUAUAACGGCAAGGAGAAAUUGCCCAACAAGGUCAAUCGGAUUUUCGAGUUCCUUGAUCGGCCAGGAAUGGAGGCCCCAGACGUGGACCCCGCCGACAUGCGUCCGCAGCUUAUUGCUGCAUAUGUCCCUGACGUCGAUGGCGACGGCCAUAGGUUCGGGCCUAACAGCACAGAGAUUCGCUCCACUAUCCAGAGCGCGGACACGAUGAUGGAUGGCAUUUUCCUCGGUCUUGAGGCAAGAAACCUGACCAAUAUCGUCAAUGUUAUUGUCGUGUCCGAUCACGGCAUGGCCACCACGGACGUCUCGCGGAUGAUUCAGAUGGACGACCUUGUUGACCUCAGCAAGGUUGACCACAUUGAUGGCUGGCCACUUGUUGGUCUACGACCGAAGAGCUCGGUCGACGUGGAAGAAAUGCACGAUGCUCUGGCCGAAAAGGCCAAGACGAACCCGAAUUUUGAUGUCUACCUGCGAGACGUCAACAUGCCAGAACGGUAUCAUUUCUCCCAAAACGAGCGCAUCGCGCCGCUUUGGAUUGUUCCCAAGACCGGCUGGGCGAUCGUGACGAAGGACGAGUUCAACAUAGAGGAGGCGAAAGCAAACAACCUCGACUACAACCCCAAAGGCCUGCACGGGUACGAUCACGAGCACCCCCUGAUGCGGGCAAUCUUCAUUGCACGAGGCCCUGCUUUCCCCCAUACGCCUGGCAGCAAGCUUGAGCCCUUCCAGAACAUCGAGGUGUACAACAUUCUUUGCGAUUCCCUGGGCCUCGAGCCCUCGCCUAACAAUGGCACUCUGCGCCUGCCCCUCAAACCAGUUGGCGUGCAUGACGAUGUCCCAGCCAUCGAAAUCCCAUCAGAUCCCGUCACUAGCUACACCGUCGCGCCAACGACAACUCAGUCGCCACCAGCCUCUUCACUGUCAUCGUCAAAGGCGCUAGGCGUCGAUCCGGUUGUCACCGGCGAGGUGUCUGCUCCGGUCGGAGUCGACGUCCCCGAAGGAUCCACCGAUGACCAAGAUAAGGACGCCGCCGGCUCUGUCGGCGACUCGGCCAAAGACUUCUGGGGCUGGGCUACCGAUGAGUUCGGCAAGGCUUGGAAAUGGACAACCGGAAAGGCCGGGGAGGCCUGGGAGAAGAUAAAAGGGGCAGGUGGAGAUGAAGAGAACAAGAGCUCCUGA